UCUGAUUGGCUGACAGCUUAGAGCUCAAAGUCCAUGCAGGUGUUCUCAGAUCGUCGCGCUUACCUCGCGCUCAGUUGAACGCGGGUCUGAAGAUGUCUGUUCUACCGAUGGGCUGCGCGAGGACGCAAAUAGAUUGAAGCAACAGUUUGUGCAACUAACUAAAAUGCCCAAAAGUGAUACCUGGCCAGGCGGCACUGAACCAGAGAUGAUGAAUGGCAUGGAGAGUGCUGGUAGCUGCGACAGCGUUGUCAGCGCAAAUUCUGGCUUUAGUGAAGAUAGUCUAGAACAUCUUUCUGCAGAAGAAAAGGCCUGUCUAAUGUUUUUGGAGGAAACCAUUGAGUCUUUAGAUAAUGAAGAUGAUAGUGGACUUUCGCAUGAUGAACCUGAACGACUUCCCUGCCCUGGUAACCUUGCAGCCAAACUGGCUGACCUGUCUGUCUCUAUGGACAAAAGCAAUAUAAACAGUUCACAGAAACCGGCUAAGCAACCCAUGAAGAAAAAUGUCGACACCAAACAUGUGCAGAGCUACGUUGUUCCUACACCUCUCGUUGUGGCAAGCGGUUCUAGUGGUUCUGUUACCAGUACCAAAUCACCCACUCCUGUAGACAAAACAACUUCUUCUAGGUCACAGUUCACAUCGAAAAACAAACCGACUCCCAGUCACAACCAGAAACGUCCUGCUCCACCAGUACCUUUAAAUGUUAAUGUUGCGAUACCGCCUUCCACAAAACCCAAGGAAAACUCAGCAAAGCCAGCUGAAGGUCCUUUACCAAGAGGACCUCUGUCUUAUGAGGCUCUAGUUCAUUUGCGGAAAACUGCCUCCCAGAAGAAGACACCUUUAUGUCCAACAAUUGAUCACACCAUAAACUUGGACAAACAAUGUCCACCACCAAUGGAAGCCCCGAAAUUAGAAAAUGUCACAAAAUCCCUCUCAGAGGUUCACAAGUCUAAGACAGGACCUCCUGCUGUGCCCCCAAAACCUAAAAAGUUACCUGCAAACAUAUAUGUGAAAUUUCAAAAUGAUGAACCCAUAACACCAGACCUUUCAAAAAGCAUGAAGAAUUCAACAAAUCCUGAGGGGGUGAGACAGGAAGCUUUACAGAAGCUCGGCCUCCUGAAAGAACACGAGCAUGAGGAUGGAGCAGAAGCCCCUCUGCCUCCCCCAAAGCAUCACUCUAAAAAAUCUGCAAGAGAUCCAUUGGAUCCAACAAGAAACCCAUCAUUUUGUUCCUCUCAAGAGCAAACAGAACCCAAGAACAGGCCUGUGAAGAUUAGUCCUACAGUCCAACAGCAUUCCAAGGAAAAACAGAAGCCCGUUUUAUUAUUGCAUGUUCAGUCCAGUGGGUUGAAAACAGAAGGUUUGGAACGCUCUGUUAACCAAGACGGCUUCACAAAAAGUGGAAACCACUCUGACCCACAGCAGACUCCCUGUGCCAAGCAAAUGAAAACCAACACUACAUCUCAGCCUUCAACCGAAACACCCUUAGACUCAGUGGGUUACACUGCGAUGGUGGUUCCUGGAAUGGGAUCUGAUCGAAAAGAGGCUCUGAGAAAACUUGGUCUGCUUAAGAGAUGAACCUUGCAUAGAGAAGGAUGGUGUCUAGCUCAGUCGGUGUUAUGAGUACCAUCAGCAUUAGAGUUUUACAUUGGAACUUUCAGGGUGGCCCCUUGGUGAAUAAACUUUAAAAGGAAAAAGAGAAUAACGCCAGCUCUAUGAAAUAUCAAAUCUAUACUCAUUCAUAAAAAGGGAACAUUUCCAUAAGUUCCAAAAAUCAAUAAAAAUGUGCCUUGCACAUUUCAAACACAUUCAUUUCUAUACAUUUGUCUUGUUAUCUAAAUCAAAAUAUUUUAAUGUGAUUGUUAGAAUAAUUUUAAGUUUGAUACAGCACACAACCAGGCAACAAAACUAAAUCUACUUAAAGGUGCAUGAGGGCGUUUGCCCAAAUUGACAGUAAUUGAUUGUUCACUUUUCACAGAUGUGCCUGAAGAGGAUCAUUUGGGUCAGUUCUUAUUUGUCUUGUUAGUUUUUUAGGUAAGCUUUUGCAGUGGUUUAUCCCAAAUACUUGAUCACAAACAUUGUUUCUCUGUAUUUACAGUCUUUGGGCAUGCUGAACUGUUCGUAUUUGAAUUGAAAAUUUCAAUUACCAGUAAAAAGCAAUAAUUAUGUGUAAAAAAAAAAAAUAUAUAUAUAUAUAUAUAUAUAUAUAUAUUUUAAUCCUGUUUGCCAUUUGCACAACUGCUACUGAAAAUAAAGUCUGCACACUACAUACUGCACCUUGAAA